CCCACCGCCCCUGCUCUCGCGAGAUGGGCGGUGCGCGGCGCGACAUCCGGGAGCGGCGCGGCAAGAUGGCGGUGGAGUCGCGGGUGACGCAGGAGGAGAUCAAGAAGGAGCCGGAGAAACCGAUCGACCGCGAGAAGACGUGCCCGCUGCUGCUUCGGGUCUUCACCACCAACAAUGGGCGGCACCACCGCAUGGACGAGUUCUCCCGCGGCAACGUGCCCUCCAGCGAGCUGCAGAUCUACACCUGGAUGGAUGCAACUCUGAAAGAGCUGACCAGCUUAGUGAAAGAAGUUUAUCCAGAAGCACGGAAGAAGGGCACACAUUUCAACUUUGCAAUUGUUUUUACAGACCUCAAGAGGCCUGGCUAUAGGGUGAAGGAGAUCGGCAGCACCAUGUCGGGCAGGAAGGGCACAGAUGAUUCCAUGACAUUGCAGUCUCAGAAAUUCCAGAUAGGAGACUAUUUGGAUAUAGCAAUUACCCCUCCGAAUCGUGCACCACCCCCAUCAAGCCGCAUGAGACCUUACUAAAGUCUUACUUCUCUUUGUAUGAUUACAUAUUCUGAUUACUCCUACUUGCUGUUCUAAAGCAGGCUUAUUUUUUUGCUUUUGUUGCCAAGUACCUGAAGACAAAGCUGAGCAUUGUAGAAGAAAGUUAACCCUUAAACAUUAACUUCUAGUUUGUUUAGAAGAAACCCCCUUCAGCAGCACCAUCAUCCUAUCCCUGAUUGUUAUAGUUUGAGUAGUAAGUUAGUGUGUCCAGUGUUCUGAAGACUUCCAUGAAAUAUGACCAGGAGGGUUACAGGUGUUCUGUAGUUCUGUCUUGUUUGGAAUAAAAAUGGAUGUUACUAAUC